CGGCGGCGCGGCCGGCCGCUGGGCAGUGCCUUCCCGACUGAUGGUGGAGGGUUAAGGUCCUCCCCUUGACCUGCUGGCUCAGUUUGCCUGUCCUCGGAGGAGCCUGCAAUGUCCCAGACACAGGAGUACGAAUGUGAAAGCCGAAAUGCUGGUGCGCAGGAACCUCGUGCCUCAGUGCCCAGCACCAGGCUGGAGUGGGUGGAGAUCAUCGAGCCCCGCACCCGGGAGCGCAUGUAUGCCAACCUGGUUACGGGCGAAUGUGUGUGGGACCCGCCCACCGGAGUCCGCAUCAAGCGCACCAGCGAGAACCAAUGGUGGGAGCUCUUCGACCCAAAUACGUCCCGCUUCUACUACUAUAAUGCCAGCACGCAGCGAACGGUGUGGCACCGGCCACAGGACUGCGACAUCAUCCCUUUGGCCAAGCUGCAGACCCUGAAGCAGAACACGGAGUCCCCCAGGGCCUCUGCUGAGAACAGCCCUGGCAGGGGCAGCAGCGUCAGCCACGAUGGCAGCACCAGCUCCUCCCUGGAGCCAGAGCUAGACGCCAGUGAGAAAGCGCAGGAGCCCUUGGGGCGGGCUGGCAGGCAGGCUCCCUUCGGACCUGUGAAGGAGGAGAGCAGUUCCUUGCCCCCCGGUGUGUACCUUGAGAAAGACUAUGAGGUCUACCGAGAUUAUACUGCAGAUGGCCAGAUGCUUCACUACAGGACCUCCUCCCUCCGAUGGAACUCGGGUACCAAGGAGCGCAUGCUGAUCAAAGUUGCUGACCGGGAGCCCAGCUUCUUCUCUCAGGGCAACGGUUACCCACUGGACAGCCAGGCAGGGGGCCGUUCCCGCAGACCCUCUGGCGGCCAGCACUCGCCCAACCUGCAGGCAUUUGCACCAAACACCGAUGGCCCCAUCUUCUUUGCAGAGCGGCGGCCUUCACCCUUCCUGAAGAGGGCCGAGUUGGGAAGCUGCUCCCCUCUGCUGGCCCAGCCCCGCAAGCCUUCCGUGGACUCCCAGCCCUCCUCCCCGCGGUACGCUUAUGAGCCUCCACUGUACGAGGAGCCCCCAGUGGAGUACCAGGCCCCCAUCUAUGAUGAACCCCCCAUGGACGUGCAAUAUGAGGCCAGCUCACCCCAGCUCUCGCCAGGCCACAAGCCAACUCCUUGCCCCCAGUCCCCGAAGCCAGCCUCUGCUUCGCCCUACCAACAGCUGGUGCUCACACGGCAGAAGUGCCCGGAACGUUUCCUGAGCCUGGAGUAUAGCCCCGCGGGCAAGGAGUAUGUGCGGCAGCUAGUAUACGUGGAGCAGGCGGGCUCUAGCCCCAAGCUACGUGUGGGCCCACGGCACAAGUACAUACCUAACCCCAGCGGUGGCUCCCUUUCCUUACAGCCCAGCCCUGGUCUGCUGAGAGACCAGCGCCUCGGGGUCACAUCAGGGGACUACAGCAGCAUGGAGGGGCCAGAGCUGCGGCACAUCCAGCCACCCACAGCACUGCCCCAGGCCCAGGACGAUGCCAUGUCCUGGUCUAGCCAACAAGACACCAUGUCCUCCCUGGGAUACUCCCCAGGCACACGCAAAAGGAAGAGUAGGAACCCAUCUCUGUGCCAUAUCCCCAGCACUUCUUCCACAGAGGGCCCCGGGGACCACGAGCUGCCUGGUGAGCAGCCACUAUCCGAGGAGCGGUCCCCGUGCGGGCCCAGCCUGGCACCAGCCAAGCGCCUGGAAGGCAGGGUGGGUGAGGUGGAUGGAAUCCGCACUGCCACUGAGCCUUUCCUGGCACAGGCCCGGCUGGCUUGGGAGGCCCAGCAGGCCCACUUCCACAUGAAGCAGCGGGGCAGCUGGGACUCCCAGCAGGAUGGCUCGGGCUAUGAGAGUGACGGGGCAGUGCCGCUGCCCAUGCCUGGGCCUGUAGUGCGGGCCUUCAGUGAGGACGAGGCGCUGGCCCAGCAAGAGAGCAAGCACUGGCAGAGGGGUGCCUUGGAGCGCCUGGCAUUUCCCCAGAUCCUGCUGGAGAAAAGUGUGUCUGUGCAGACCAACCUGGCCUCCCCUGAGCCCUACCUGCAUCCUUCCCAGUCCGAGGACCUCGGCACCUGUGCCCAGUUCGAGAGCAGCCGGCAGGCACGAAGCGUGAUGCCCAGUGCUAGCUGCGUGUUCCCCACCUUCACCCUGCGCAAGCCCUCCUCUGAGACUGACAUUGAGAAUUGGGCCUCCAAGCACUUCAACAAGCACACCCAGGGCCUCUUCCGGCGAAAGGUGUCCAUCGCCAACAUGCUGGCCUGGAGCAGUGAGUCCAUCAAAAAGCCCAUGAUUGUGACCAGCGACCGCCACGUGAAGAAGGAAGCUUGUGAGAUCUUCAAGCUGAUCCAGAUGUACAUGGGUGACCGGCGUGCCAAGGCGGAUCCGCUCCACGUGGCCCUGGAAAUUGCCACCAAGGGCUGGAGUGUGCAGGGUCUUCGGGAUGAGCUAUACAUCCAGCUGUGCCGGCAGACCACUGAGAACUUUCGACUGGAGAGCCUUGCCCGGGGUUGGGAGCUCAUGGCCAUCUGCCUGGCCUUCUUCCCGCCCACACCCAAGUUCCACUCCUACCUGGAGGGCUACAUCUACCGGCACAUGGACCCUGUCAAUGACACCAAAGUGACACAGCACAUGAGAGAGCUCCUGGAAAGGAACACUAAGAAGAAGUCCAAGUUGAGAAAGAAACCCAAGCCUUAUGUUGAGGAGCCGGAUGGAGUGGCGAUUAGCACAUAUGCCAAGUACUGUUACCACAAGCUGCAGAAGGCAGCCCUGACUGGGGCCAAGAAGGGGCUGAAGAAACCCAACAUGGAGGAGAUCCGACAUGCCAAGAAUGCCGUGUUCAGCCCCUCCAUGUUCGGCAGUGCGCUGCAAGAGAUUAUGAGCAUGCAGAAGGAACGCUACCCCGACCGCCAGCUGCCCUGGGUGCAGACACGGCUGUCCGAGGAGGUGUUGGCGCUCAACGGUGACCAGACAGAAGGCAUCUUCAGGGUCCCUGGGGACAUUGAUGAGGUGAAUGCUCUGAAGCUGCAAGUGGAUCAAUGGAAGGUGCCCACUGGCCUGGAAGACCCGCAUGUCCCUGCGUCGCUGCUGAAGUUGUGGUACCGGGAGCUGGAGGAGCCCCUGAUCCCGCACGAGUUCUACGAACAGUGCAUCGCACACUACGAGAGCCCCGAUGCCGCCGUGGCCGUGGUGCACGCUCUGCCCCGUAUCAACCGCCUGGUGCUGUGCUACCUCAUCCGCUUUCUUCAGGUGUUUGUGCAGCCCGCCAAUGUGGCCAUCACCAAGAUGGACGUCAGCAACCUGGCCAUGGUAAUGGCGCCCAACUGCCUGCGCUGCCGAUCUGACGACCCACGUGUCAUCUUUGAGAACACGCGCAAGGAGAUGUCCUUCCUGCGGGUGCUCAUUCAGCACCUGGACACCAGCUUCAUGGAGGGCGUGCUAUAGCGCCAGAGGCCAGCGGGCGGCGGGCGGGCACUGACACAGCGGGCAGGAGCACGGGGGAGGGGGGAGGGACGCCUGAGGCCUGAGGUUGCAUGCCAGGCUCAGCCGCCCCGUUCUGGGCCAGUCAGCUGGGUAGAAGCCCUGUGGAGAGGGCACCUCUGGCCACCACUUGGCAGCCACAUCCCUGGGGCCUCCUCGCCCACCACCGGUCAGCCCCAAGAAAGUGCCUUGUUUCCUGGAGCCGAGCGACACUGCCCCUCCCGAGUGGCCAAGAGCACAAGCCCAGCUCAGGGCCAGCUGCCACAUCACCGCCUUGGCAGGGCCUUUGUUCGCCACAUCGGAUCACGCCUGGGCCCUGCCCACUGCCCUCUCUUCCGUGCCCCUGCCCGUUUCCCCAGGUCUCCCAGCCCAAAUUUCUGCCCGCCUGGGCCCUGCGGCUGUUUGUUCAUGAGUAGCAGAGUCCUCAGGCACCAACCAGGGCCUGGCAGGCCUCCCCGAACCAAAGUCCUCUGGGUAGGGGGGUAGGGCUGGGGGAGAGGGGCGAGAGUAUUUUUCUUCGUGUAAGUAUAAAGUCAGCACCCCUGAACUAUUAUCCUGCACCCCAACCAGCCUGUGUAUAGAGAUAUAAAUAGAACGAGAGAUAUAAGAACUAAAUUUACUAAUGACAUAGUUUUAACCCAAAUGCUAUUUAUCUCGGAGCCGUCCUCGCCGGUCCUCUACAGAGCAGAUGGCACCAUUCUUUCCUUUCCUUUCGCCCUUCUUGACUUCUGACCAAAAACCCGAACCUGGCCCGGCCCCUCCUGGGACGGAGCAGACAGAGGCCCACGAGGAACUGGCAGAGCCCAGGCCCCCUUCCCCAGAGGCCACGGGAGGGCAAGGCCGCCACUCGAGUCUGUACAUUUUACGUUGAGUUCCUAUUGUAAACAUGAUUUCUCCGCCCCCCCCCAGUUUAUAUCUAUAUAUAUUUUUUAUUUUGAGAGUUGAGCUUUUAUUUAUUAAAAACAAAAGAGCCCAGCCCGAGUGUGCCCUGGGUGCGGGGGGCUUGCGUGGCGCAGGCCUGGGGACUGCUUCUCUGACGCAUGGACUUGAGAGGUGACACUUGAAUAAAGGACUAUGGACACUUGCGA